CUGCGUGGCUGGUGUCUUUGCCUAACCCAGCUCCCCACUUCCAAACGAACCCUCACAUUGGCUGUACUCGAGUCGAGCCCACCCUCCGCUUUGUCCCCCCAGGUCCGGGCGCCGCCGGGGCGGAGAGAAUGGCCUCCGCGGCGUCGGCGCCGGUGUUCGAGAGGGUGGCCGGGAUCCGAGCCAUCGCCGAGUCCAGCCGCUUUAAGGCCUGGUUCUUGGACCAGUUCGGCGUCCUUCACGACGGCAAGAAGCCGUACCCCGGCGCCAUUUUGGCAUUGGAGAAGCUCGCGGUGAAUGGGGCGAAGAUGGUGAUAAUCAGCAAUUCCUCUAGGCGGUCGUCUGUGACAAUGGAUAAGCUGAAGAGCCUGGGUUUCGAUACAUCUUGUUUCCUUGCGACCAUCACCAGUGGGGAGCUCACACAUCAACACCUUCUCAAGAGGAAUGAUCCAUGGUUUGCUGCCCUUGGAAGAAAGUGUAUCCAUAUCACCUGGGGCAAUCGUGGCGCAAUUUCUCUAGAGGGUCUUGGUUUGCAAGUUGUGAACAAUGUUGAUGAUGCAGAGUUUAUAUUAGCCCAUGGUACUGAAGCCCUUGGUUCACCUUCCGGUGACCCUCUUCCCAAAAGUCUUGAGGAGCUUGAGCAGGUUCUAAUGCUUGGCCUAGAAAGGCGACUUCCAAUGGUGGUAGCUAAUCCAGAUUAUGUCACUGUCGAAGCUCGAGAUCUACGUGUCAUGCCUGGCACUCUGGCAGCUAAAUAUGAGAAUCUUGGUGGUGAAGUGAAAUGGAUGGGGAAGCCUGAUGAGGUGAUCUAUAACUCAGCAAUGUCCCUAGCUGGAGUUGAUGCUCAUGAAUGUGUCAUGGUGGGUGAUUCACUGCACCACGACAUCAAAGGGGCAAAUGCAUCAGGAAUCGCAUCUGCGUUCAUUACUGGAGGGAUUCAUGCAGCUGAACUUGGGCUCAGUGAAUCUGGAGAAACUACUGGGGAGGAUGCCGUCAAUACACUCUGUAGCAAGCAUGGAUCAUAUCCCUCAUAUGUUUUGCCUUCAUUUACAUGGUAGAAACGCGGUCCAGUUAUUUCUUUUGGGGUGCACCCUUAACACCGGAAAGUGAUUUUAGGCAAAUACUGUUCUGGAAGAGUCGCAGGAGGAUGAAAGCCCUUGGAGGCAUUACUUUCUGUACUUAAUAAUUGCCAUGAUUGUUCGAUAAUCGUUGAUUUUGAUCAAUAGAAGCUGGACGCACUUAUGCUAUGAAGUUAAGAGCUUGAGAAAGGAGAUUUAA